AUGCGCAGGCUGACCCUAAUAGAAACUUUACUACUGGGCAGAAUGGCAAGUAUGACAGUCACAGAGAUAAUAAUGAGCCACACACAUCGGAACACAAUAAAGAGCAUGGAGAAACUCGCGGAUCAAAUACAGUUUCAACCAGAAGCUCAUUUGAAAGAUGAAGUGGUUGGAGAUUCUAGUAAAGGACAGGUUGAACAUAAAGUAGAAAUCAUUAAUGACGACUGCACGGAAGUGAGUAAGACUAAAACAUACGGCAAUGUCACAUUUCCUGAAUUUAUAGCAUUUGGCAAGCCAGGAGAUCCGGGCGAAAAUGGCUACGGAUUUUCUUUCAAAAGAAACACUUUAACAGAACUACAGAAGAAACAGAAAGAAGAGAAUUUCAAAGUGCAUUACUUCGAUGAAUGGAUCAGCAAGAAGAUAGCAGUGCAUAGGAGACUACCAGAUAAUAGACCUCAGGAAUGUAAGAAAGUAGCAAAUACGUCCCUGCCAUCAGUGUCAGUUUUGAUUGUGUUCUACAACGAGGCUUGGACUACACUUCUCAGGACCAUCCAUAGCAUCCUUGACAGAACCUCGGACCAUCUGCUGAAAGAAAUUAUAUUACUGGAUGAUUUCUCAAACAUGGAUCACUUGAAGGAGCCUCUGGAAGUAUAUGUGCAGCCGUUGCCCAAAGUUCGGCUGUUUCGAGCCAAAGAGCGACUAGGUCUGAUCAGGGCGCGGAAUGCAGUGUUUGAUCAUGCUAGCGGAGAAGUGGUCGUAUUCCUGGACUCUCACGUUGAAUGUUUUCCAGGAUGGCUGGAGCCCUUGCUGGCACCUAUCCAUGCUGAUAACAAAGCUGUGACUUUUCCUUUGAUCGAGUUUCUGAGUGCUACGACAUUCGCCGUUGGAAUGAACAACGGUCCGUCUCACACAGGAGGUCUCAGACUCAGUUCUCUGUCUUUUGACUGGCUGUAUUCACGAGUAUCACCAGGUGUAGAUAACCACAAAAAUAAACCGUCACCAACCAUGCCAGGAGGUCUCUACGCUAUAUCACGUGACUUCUUUCGCCAGCUGGGAAAAUACGAUCCAGGUAUGGACAUAUGGGGUGCUGAAAACCUGGAGAUAUCUUUUAAGGUGUGGAUGUGUGGUGGGUCCAUACUUCUGGUGCCUUGCUCACACGUGGGACACGUAUUCAGAGGUAUGAACCCAGCUUUACGUGACAGCGGCAGAGGCAUGACGUUGAAGAACGCUGUUAGGGUAUCUGAAGUCUGGAUGGAUCAAUACAAGCACUUCUUUUAUGAAAAGAUUGUUUAUAAUAUCCCAGACUAUGGGAAUGUCAGCUCCAGGGUACAGUUGCGGGACUCACUGCAGUGCCACGACUUUGGCUGGUAUGUGGAAAACGUUUACCCAGAGCUGAAGACGGAUAUGGAUAUCAACAGCGUCUACGCGGGGCAG